CCUAAAUCGCUUGCUAUGCCUAUAUCUAUAUAUAUCCAAAUCCACAGAGAAUCUUCCAUCACUCUCCAAUCUUCGAUCUUCCAACCCUGAAGAGAAGAGGAUAUCUCUCUCUCUCUCUCCCAAAAGGUCAGUAACCAUGUUAGAGAAGAUGGACGAAAAAUUCGACACCAUUGAAGUCAUUGAAGAAUUUGAGGCAUUGACAAAGGAUGCUGAGACAGUUCAACGAGAGACCCUUCGCAGGAUUUUGGAAGAAAAUGGAGGGACAGAGUAUUUGCAGAAUUGGGGUAUUAAUGGAAGAAUGGACCCCGUGAGUUUCAAGGCUUGUAUUCCUCUUGUCACUCACAAGGAUUUGGAACCUUACAUCCAGCGAAUUGUGGAUGGUGAUUCUUCUCCCAUUCUCACCGGAACACCAAUAACAUGUAUCUCAUUAAGUUCUGGUACUACUCAGGGGAAGCCAAAGUUUAUACCUUUUAAUAACCAUUUGACAGAAUCCACAAUGCAGAUAUUUAAGACAUCUUUCGCAUUUAGAAACAGAGAAUUUCCAAUUGGCAAUGGCAAAGCCUUGAAUUUAAUCUACAGCAGCAAGCAGUUCAGAACAAAAGGGGGUCUGGCAGCGGGAACUGCAACUACGAAUGUGUAUCGUAGUUUGCAAUACAAGAAGACAAUGAAAGCAAUGCAGACCCCAUGUUGUAGUCCCGAUGAAGUGAUAUUUGGCCCUGAUUUCCACCAAUCAUUAUACUGCCAUCUUCUAUGUGGACUUAUUUAUUGGGAUGAAGUUGAAGUUGUUUCCUCCGCAUUUGCCCACAGCAUUGUCCAUGCUUUUCGAACCUUUGAACAAAUUUGGGAAGAUCUCUGUACUGACAUCCAUGAUGGGGUCCUAACUGGCCGGGUUACGGUGCCAUCUCUCCGGACAGCUAUGUCGAAGCUGCUAAAGCCAAACCCCGAACUGGCUAAUUUGAUCCACAAAAAGUGCAUGGGAUUAAGUAGUUGGUACGGCCUAAUACCUGAGUUAUUUCCCAAUGUGAAGUACAUUUAUGGGAUCAUGACUGGUUCAAUGGAACCCUAUUUGAAAAAGCUAAGGCACUAUGCUGGAGAGGUACCCCUGUUGAGUGCAGAUUACGGGUCUUCUGAAGGGUGGGUUGGAGCAAAUCUUAACCCAAAAUUGCCUCCUGAGUUAGCCACUUUUGCAGUGCUUCCUCAUAUUGGCUAUUUUGAGUUUAUUCCUUUAAGGGAGAAUGGCCAGGGUCAGGAGCUAAAGGAAAAUGAGUCCAUGCCAGUGGGUUUGACUGAAGUCAAAAUUGGUGAAGAGUAUGAGAUAGUGGUCACCAACUUUGCAGGUUUGUAUCGAUAUAGGCUAGGGGAUGUGGUUAAGGUUAUGGGCUUCCACAACUCCACCCCAGAGCUCCGCUUUGUUUGCAGAAGAAAUCUUCUGCUCACCAUUAACAUUGACAAGAACACAGAGAGAGAUUUACAGUUAUCUGUUGAAGCAGCAGCCAAUCUCUUAGCUGAAGAAAAGCUGGAAAUUGUUGAUUUCACUAGUCGUGUCGAUAUGUCCGCAGAUCCUGGCCACUAUGUCAUCUUCUGGGAGCUCAGUGGCAAAGCUAGUGAGGAGGUUCUGCAGGAAUGCUGCAACUGUUUGGAUCGUUCUUUCGUUGAUGUAGGCUACGUAAGCUCCCGCAAGGUCAAUGCUAUUGGGGAACUUGAGCUCCGAGUUGUCAAGAGAGGAACCUUCCAUAAGAUUUUAGACCAUUAUGUAGGAUUAGGAGCUGCUGUUAGCCAGUUCAAAACGCCGCGGUGUGUUGGUCCAACUAAUAGUGCAGUCUUGCAGAUACUAUGUAACAAUGUUGUCAAGAGCUACUUUAGCACAGCUUUUAGUUGAAAUAUAGGAAAAUCUUGUUUGAUCAUUUCAAAUGGCAAGGCAAGUCUGUUUGUUUUAGGUCUGUUUUGGCUAGUGACUAUGAAUAAUAUAUUUCAGUUUGGUACAAUUCUUCAGGUUUUUCCUGCCGUUGUGAGAUAUGACAUGAAGU